AUGCCGAGCCAGAAGAGUUUCCGUACCAAGCAAAAGCUUGCCAAAGCUCAGAAGCAGAACCGUCCCAUCCCUCAGUGGAUUCGUCUCCGGACCGGUAACACCAUCAGAUACAACGCUAAGCGGCGACACUGGCGCAAGACCCGUCUCGGUAUCUAAGCUUGUGCGACCUCUUUCUCCAACCGAGACGCUCACCCUGGGAUCUUUUCCGUUCAAUUCAACCAUGAUACCGCACGGCAAAAGUAUCCUCGAAUUCGCGAUGAUUUAACCUGCAAACGAAGAAUCCAUCUCCGCUCUCGUUCUCACUCUGAUACGAUCGAAUCCCGCUCUCAUCUCUUCUUUCACCCUGUUUCUUCGCCCCAGACUAUCUACGUCACCUUUGUUCGGUCGGAUCCACGAUUUUGUUUCGAAUUAAAUCGACAAGCGCACGUCGUCUGAAAAUGGUUGAUUUAGUGGUCAAGCGGGUUGUGAUGGCUGUUCUGUGAUGGAAUGAAAAAAUAUACUUAUUUUUUUCGUUUUUUCGUUUUGCAAGUUUGUUGUAUGCGAGCUCUUAGGGAAAUAAGAAAAGAAACACAAAUCGAAAAUAUGAUGGG